GGAAAGGAAAUAGUCAAUAAAUUACUCUAUCUUCCUCUACAAACAAACAAAAGAAGGAAAGAAAGAUUAAUGGGACAUUUGAUCUCAGUUCCACAGCAAUGCUCUCAACUGUUUCAUACCCCUUUUGUUAAUUCUUCAACUUCUCAAAUAUUUUCUCAAAAUUGUACAAAUAAAAAUUUUGAAAUGUUGAAUAAUAAUGAAGAUGAAAUUGAUGAGCAUAUUCCGACAACACCAGACCCAAAUUCAUUCAAAUUACAACCACACGAAUUAAAUCAAUUCCCAGACGAAAUUUUUGAUAUUGUCAGCAAAGUUGGGGAAGGCUCAUAUGGGUCAGUCCAUAAAGCAUUACAUAAAUCUAGUGGGCGUUCUUUGGCUAUUAAAAUGGUACCAGUAGACACAGAUUUACAAGAAAUAAUUAAAGAAAUUACAAUAAUGCAGCAAUGUGAUUCUCGGCAUGUAGUUAAAUAUUAUGGAAGUUAUUUCAAAAAUUCUGAUCUCUGGAUUGUAAUGGAAUAUUGCGGUGCUGGUUCCGUUUCCGAUAUAAUGCGGUUAAGACGUAAAACUUUGGAUGAAUUCGAAAUUAGUGCAAUAUUAAAAGACACACUUUUGGGGCUUUUUUAUCUUCAUGGAAUGAAAAAAAUACAUAGAGAUAUUAAAGCAGGAAAUAUUUUAUUAAAUAUGGAUGGAAAUGCAAAAUUGGCAGAUUUUGGAGUGGCCGGGCAAAUAACUGAUACAAUGGCUAAGAGAAACACGGUUAUUGGAACUCCUUUUUGGAUGGCCCCAGAAUUGAUACAAGAAGUUGGUUAUGAUAUGAAAGCAGAUAUUUGGUCUUUAGGAAUAACAGCUAUAGAAAUGGCUGAAGGAAGACCUCCACAUGCAGAAAUACAUCCAAUGAGGGCAAUUUUUAUGAUACCCACAAAACCUCCUCCAACACUCAAAGUUCCCCAGGAUUGGAGUCCGUCAUUUCUCGAUUUAAUUUCAAAAUGUUUGGUUAAAAAUCCGGAAGAGAGGACAACGGCUAAAUGUUUGCUUGAGCACGAAUUUAUAAAAUCGGCCAAAGGAGCAAAAGUAUUGAGAGAAAUGAUUGCAAAUGCUCAAGAUGUCGCUGCACAAUAUUUGCUACAAGAAGCGGUAUAA